AUGAGUAUCUCGCGAGAUCGCAAUACAUUGUCUCCUAAUGGAGAUGAUGCACCAGCAAGAGUCUCUAGUAGAAAGGGAAAGAAUUUGCAUGUUGCACAUAGGCGUUCACCUUCUGAAUUGACUACGUUAAUGGUUGAACAAUACAACUUACAACGCCAAUUGGAUCAGGUGCAAGCACAGCAAAAGCAAAUCUUAGAACAACAACAACAGCAACAGCGGCAACAACAACAGCUACAAUUGCCGCCACCACAGCAGCAACAGCAGCAACAGCAGCAGCAGCAGCAGCAUCAUCAUCAUCAUCAGCAGCAGCAAUAUCAGUACCCACCGCAGACAUCUUCAAAUUAUUCAGAUACACUGUACUCAUCGCAACCUACUAAUUACAGGGGCUCGCAUUCUCGAAACUCUUCAAUCAACUCACACAAAAGAACCGGAUCCGCAGGCGCUACAGCUCAUGGUCAUUCAAGAAGACACUCCUUAGCAUUAAAUGAGGCAAUCGCGGCGGCCGAUCAGCAACGAACAAGCAGAUUAGGAUCGAGCCCAAGAGUCCAGGUCCUGCAAGAAACGAGUGACGAUAACAGUGAAAGAGCAGACUCUUUCAAAUUCCCACCUCCAGCAGGUGGAAAUGGUGGUGGUGGUGGUGGAAAUGGUGAAGAUACGAGUAGCAAUCCUACAUAUUUAACGCACAAUCGUUCGAGAUCUAUGGCAUAUGGACAACAAGCUUUUAAAUUUCCGGCAACGCCAGCACAGCCGGAGACAAAUAACUUGUUGCCUCCAACUCCGAAUUUUACAGUAACUCAAUCGCCAGAGCGCGGUGGUGCUCAUAAUAGAAGAACGUCUCAUUUUAGAACCGCUUCACGCAACACCGAUGGUAUCAACCAAAAUUGGAGAAGUCAACAGCAGCAACAACAACAACAACAACAACAAGGUCAGUUGCACGCUAAUACUAGCACUACAGCUACCACACUCAACCAGCAUCAAAGACAAGGCUCUACUUUGGAACCUCCAGGCAUGGGCGCAUUUGUACCAGGUCACAAACCACGCAAUAGCUCGUAUGGUGGCGGAUCGUCCGUUUCAUCGUUGUCACACUUCUUGCCAAAUAGUGGCACCGCUGCCGGUUCUCAAGGUGGUGGACCAGGAGGUCAAAAUGUUGGCGGAAACAAUGGACGAAAAUCUCUUUUUGCACCUUACUUGCCACAAUCGUCUCUUCCAGAAUUGAUUAACGAGGGCCGGUUAGUUACAGGUACACUUAGGGUUAAUAAGAAGAACAGAUCAGAUGCAUAUGUGUCUACAGACGGAUUAUUGGACGCCGAUAUUUUUAUCUGUGGGUCAAAAGACCGUAAUCGUGCUUUAGAAGGGGAUUUGGUAGCCGUGGAGUUACUAGUAGUGGACGAAGUUUGGGAUUCAAAGAAGGAGAAAGAGGAGAAAAAAAGAAGGAAGGAUCACAACACGAGACCAUUGAAUGACGAUAUUCAUAAUGAUGCCACCUCAGCGCCAGCUAUAGGAGACAGCAACAACAGCAACAACAACAACAACAACAACAACAACAAUAAUAAUAACGGUCACAGCAACAACAACAACGGCAACAGCAACAGCAACAAUAAGGAUGACAAAGAUGACGAAGGAACACUUGGAAGAAGAGGUUCUCUUAAGCAAAGACCCACUAUGAAGAAGAAUGAUGAUGUUGAAGUUGAAGGACAGUCUUUGCUUUUGGUUGAAGAAGAAGAAAUCAAUGAUGAGAUCAAGCCUUUAUACGCAGGUCAUGUUGUAGCUGUUGUUGAUCGUAUACCUGGUCAAUUGUUUGCUGGAACAUUGGGAUUGUUAAGACCGGCCCAAGCUGCACAAGCUGCCAGAGACAAGAAGUCAGGAAAUGAAUCUUCGGUAAAAACCCCCAAGGCGCCAAAAAUUGUCUGGUUCAAACCAACAGACAAAAAGGUACCUUUAAUAGCUAUUCCUACUGAGCAAGCGCCCAAAGACUUUGUGGAGAAUCAUGAAAAGUAUGCCGAUGAACUUUUUGUUGCUUCUAUUAAAAGAUGGCCAAUUACCUCGUUGCAUCCAUUUGGUACGUUGGUCUCGAAAUUGGGUAAAACUGAUAGUUCAGAAACAGAGGUGGAUUCCAUCUUGAGAGACAACAACUUUUUGUGUGAUGAAUACCCGGAGGAGGGUGAUGAUGCUGACAAUGUGUCUGAUGCGUCUAGUACUGCUUCAACAUACGACUUACCACUGGUGGAAUUGGAGUUGACAAAUCCAAAUAGGGUGGCAUACAUGAAUGAUUAUAUCAUUGCCUUUUCGCCAAAUGGAGAAUAUGUUGAUCAUGCAUUGCACGUGAAGAGAUUAUCAAAUACAAAAAUCGAAUUGGGUUUUCAUGUUUGUGACAUUUCCUACUUUAUCCAGCCAGGUUCUACCUUGGAUCGUAAGUCCAAGAAAAGAUCAUCAUCAGUUUUCCUUCCUCAGAAAGUGGUGCACCUUUUCCCCAAGCAAGUUCAAAAGUUGGUUUCUUUCAAGGAAAAUGAAAAAAAUCUUGCUGUUUCAGUUAUCUUUGAUAUCGACACAACAAAUUUCGAGGUGGAGGACUUGUACAUUCAGGAAUCAGUUAUUGUUGCCAAGCAAGUGGUUACUUAUUCUUCUUUCAAUAGCAUAUUAGAUAGCAAGCCAGUCGACAAUAUUUCGUCGGCAACUUGUGAUUACAUCAAAACUUUUAGCUUAAUUGCCAAAGAGUUUCGUCGUCAUCGUUUAUCAAAUAGAGACUUGGGAAUCACACCCAAUUUAACGUUAUUGAAUCAAUUGGAUGAUGAAAAAGUGUCUUUGAGUUUGAACAUUUUUGAUGAUAACUUGGCACUUGAUGUGAUAUCAGAGAUUGCGUUUAAAGUUAACUCGGCAGUUGCGGCAAAGAUACAGGUUGGAUUAGGAAACAAGGCAUUUUUACGUCGCCAGAGUUUGCCAACGUUGCAAAAGAUUGAGACUUUUGUACGAAAAGCCACCAACUUGGGAUUUAAAAUUGAUACUACAAACUCCGCCACAUUGCAAAACUCUUUAUUGAAAAUAGAAGACCCAGUGAAAAGACAGUGCGUUGAGAUUUUGUUGUACAAAUGUAUGUCAAGAGGCAAGUACUAUGUUGCAGGAAAACAAGAUCCAGAUAGUUAUGGUCAUUACUACUUGAAUCUUCCUUUGUACACCCAUUUCACAGCACCAUUGAGACGGUAUGCCGAUUUGAUUGUUCAUAGACAGUUGAGGUCAAUAAUGUAUAAAGAGACCGAGGAAAAGGAUUUGGAUUCAUUAAAGGCAACUGCAGACUAUUGUAAUUUCAAAAAGGAUUGUGCGGCAAAUGCACAAGAACAAGCAAUCCACUUGUUGUUAUCUCAAACUAUCAAUGAAAUCAGUGAAAGUGCCGGUCAAGUAUUGUGCAUGGGAACAGUAGUACAGGUUUACGAGUCUGCAUUUGAUGUGUUUAUCCCCGAAUUUGGGGUCGAAAAAAGAGUGCAUGGGGAUCAAUUACCUUUGGCAAAAGCCGAAUUUGACAAGAAUGAUCGAAUUUUGGAGUUAUUUUGGGAAAAGGGUGUUGAUUCUGCUACAUAUAUACCACCAGAUGAAAAAUCAUCUUUAUCGUACCGAAACUCAAUCAAAAAUAAGUACAGAACCACUUCUGCUGAGGCUGCAAAGAUUCAAAACAAGACAAUUUUGGAAAAGGAUAAUUUUGCAACUGAUUCAAUUGUUGAGAAAUUGAAAAAAAUGAAUUUGGAGCUUCCUAAAAUGAAGAUCCCAAUGACUACUUUUAGCAAUAACGAUGACAGCGACAACAACAAGAGCAAAAGCAACAACACUGAAGACGAGAAGCAUAAGUAUAAGCAUAAGGAAGAUUUUACAAAGUCCAUGCCGUCGUCUCCAACUCAAUCACACAUGCCUCAUAAUACAAGGACGAAUUCGUCAUCAGUGAUUACUGAUUCGAAUGAUAAUAGUAAUCAAUAUGCAAAUGGAUUAGCGCCAUAUUUGCAAAAUAUUGAGACGAGAGUUGAAGGAGACUCAUACAUACAAGUGAUUAAGGAAUUGAAACAAGUUCCUGUAUUGUUGAGGGCUGAAAUCGCAUAUGGCCCUACAGUAAUACCAGACUCUAUGACUGACAAAGAACAGCAUUUACCACACCAGAAGAUAACAUCUGUAGACCCUGAGCCAGUUAAUGGAACGCAUGCGCCCAAGCCAAUCUUGCCUAUAAAAAGGGCUAAACUUAUGUCAAUACCAUCGCAGCUGAAUGUUAAUAGUCCCUUGCAGACACGCGCUGCUUCGCCUUUAAUUCUCAAUCCGCCAAUAGACUCUGAUGGUUUAUCUUGGCCGUCGCGUGGAGCGCGGUCCAGAAUCGAUCAAACUGAGGAAGAGGCACAGAAGCGUGAAAAGAGGAUAGCUAAUGCCGUGCAAGUGAUUUUGGAGGAAUUGGGUGAGGACACGUCUCGUGAAGGGCUUAUUGAAACUCCAGAGAGAUACGCUAGAGCUAUGCUUUAUUUCACAAAAGGGUACGAAGAAAACAUAAGAGACGUUAUAAAACGAGCAGUAUUUGAGGAGGAUCACGAUGAGAUGGUUAUUGUUAGAGAUAUUGAAAUAUAUUCAUUAUGUGAGCAUCACUUGGUUCCGUUUUUUGGGAAAGCUCAUAUUGCCUACAUUCCAAAUAAGAGAGUCUUGGGAUUAAGCAAAUUGGCAAGACUAGCAGAAAUGUACUCUAGACGUUUUCAAGUGCAGGAGAGGUUGACAAAACAAAUUGCUAUGGCAUUGAGUGAGAUUUUGAAACCUAGAGGCGUAGCUGUUGUUAUUGAGGCCACACAUAUGUGCAUGGUUAGUCGAGGAGUUCAAAAGACUGGAAGUUCGACUACCACAAGUUGUAUGUUGGGUUGUUUCAGAGACCAACAGAAGACGAGGGAAGAGUUCCUAACCCUAUUAGGGAGGAAAUAG